UGUGCAUGUUUCGAAAAUCAAGUUUUGUCGUGUUCUAGAAGUUAGAGACAAGUGUGGUUGUGUGCAGGUGUCGAUGAGUUCCGACGAGGAGGUCGAGCAGUUCGAAAUAUCGGAGUACGACAUCGAGAACGAAUUCAACCCGUACAGAAAGCGACGAAAAUUCACGCGCGAAGACCGCAUCUACGGCAUCUGGGCCGAACACGACUCUGAUGAUGACACCAGAGGCAAAUGGGGCUCGAAAAAGGCCGAUUACUCGCGUCCAAUGCAGUUUGUUGGCGGUCAAGUGGAACAGAGCGAUAAAGAAGAAGGUGAUAAGACGAGUGGUGAUGCUAGAGUCGAUGAGAGUGACAGCAGUGAUGAUGAAAUGGCAAGAGAUGAAAUGGUGUUGGAGAGAUUGGCUGAUGACGAUACGAAAGGGAAAGGAAAUGAGGCAAAAUUGCCGUCGGGCUUUGUGUCGGGAAAGUCUGGUGAGACGAAUAAGCUGGGAAUGUCUAAAUCGACCGCGAAAUCGAGUGGUCAGGCAAACAGAGCAAAACCAAUGAGACAAAUUGACAAAAAGUUCGGUGCUUGGGAAAAACACACAACUGGAUUCGGGAUGAAGAUGCUGCAAAAGAUGGGCUACAAACCAGGCGAAGGUCUUGGCAAGGAAGGCGAAGGUAUUGUAAAGCCCAUAGAAGCGUUCAAACGACGAGGUCGAGAAAGUCUUGCCUUCUAUGGAUCAGAACAAAAGCAUGAAGAGUACCAGAAGAUUGGAAAGGAACACACGGAAAAGGGAAAAUAUGUAGCUAGUGAAGUGGAGGAUCAGUGGAGAGUUGAUCCAGCAAUGAAGUCGAAGAAGAAAAAGAAGAUUAAGUACACGUACAAGACUGUGGAUGAUGUGUUGGAAUCGGGAAUGAAACGAGGCAGUCUGAAUAUGCAAACAAAGUCGUCUGUCAAGAUUGUUGAUAUGACUGGACCACAGGAGAGAGUUCUCUCUGGCUAUGAUCAACUACAUAAUGAACCUGUUGUGCCAGAUGAAAGCUCCGAUUCCAAAAUAGCUGGUGAUGAAGAUCAAAUAUUUUUGCCUGAGUUAAUGCACAAUAUGAACCUUCUGGUCGAUCUUGCAGAGACCGAAAUAUUGGACACAAACAGACAGUUGCAGUACGAACGUGACCAAGCGAUCACGUUGGCACACGAGAAGCGUGUAGUUGAAGAACAAAUUGAGAAAGAUACCUGGCAGAUCGAGAGAUUGGAACAUGUUCUGUCAACUAUAGAAACUUGUCAAGAACGAUGUCAGCAAGAUAGCACCAAUCCUCUAACUCUGACCGAGUGUGCGACAAUUUUUAUAGACUUGAAAAUGAACUAUCCUGUAGAGUAUAAGAGUUAUAGUCUCUCAAGUGCUGCUGAGACGUUUGCUUUUCCUUUGAUUACCAAGCACUUGUCUCAAUGGCUUCCUUUGGAGAAACCACAACUUUGUAUUGAAAUAUUUAAGCAAUGGAAAGACAUUCUUGAUGAUUCGCGAGCGAGUGUUGCAUCAAGUCAAAGAAUUAAUAAUUAUGAGAGAUUAGUGUGGAAUGUGUGGAUGCCAAAAGUACGUUCAACUGUUAGUCUUUGGUCUCCACGAAGUUGCAUCUCGAUGAUUGAAUUCAUAGAGACUUGGUUGCCUUACCUCCCCGCUUGGAUUACCAGUAACAUCUUUGAGCAACUUAUUAUACCGAAGCUGUUUGCAGAAGUGGAAAACUGGAGUCCGACGGCGGAUCCUGUUCCCAUACAUUCUUGGAUUCACCCAUGGCUUCCUUUUUUGGGCACACGACUGGAACCUUUGUAUGCACCAAUUCGUCACAAGUUGGCUACAGCGUUGACCGCGUGGCAUCCGUCUGACCCAUCAGCGAGGAUGAUUUUGGAGCCUUGGAAAAACGUUUUCUCUCCGGGAUCAAUGGAUGUGUUCUUGUUGAGGACUAUUGUUCCCAAGUUGAUCAUCUGUUUGAAUGAGUUGACUGUCAGUCCACAGAAGCAGGAACUGGAACCAUUCAAUUAUGUCAUGGCAUGGCAAGGCAUGAUCUCCGAUCAUCACUUUGCCAGUCUCUUCGAGAAACAUUUCUUUCCCAAGUGGAUGCAAGUUCUGUGUGCUUGGCUUUCUAAUAGCCCCAACUACGAUGAAGUCACAAGAUGGUAUCUUGGGUGGAAGUCAAUGUUCAAUGAGACAUUACUGAACACACCAGCAAUUAAAACUCAGUUUGGUAUUGCUCUGGAUAUAAUGAAUCGAGCGGUUGCUGCACCUGGAUCUGUUAAGCAGCCAGGCGACAGGGAAAAUGUUGCGUAUUUCACUGCAACUGAGAGACGCAAAGCUGAGGCAGCUGCCAGUAUGGCUGACAAGAGAGUAGGUCAAGGACAGGUUGGUGCACCACAGACAGCGUCAACAGACAGCUUGCGAUUUAUUGAUCUUGUGCAAAAAAUUGCUGAAGACAGUGGCGUUCUAUUCGUGCCAAUACACGGUCGUCGACACGAAGGCAAGCAGCUCUACAACAUCGGCAAACUAACACUGUACAUCGACCGUAGUGUAAUAUUUAUAUCAACAAGUCGCGACAGCUGGACGCCGGUCUCCUUAGACAAAUUGCAACAAAUGAUUCAGUGAUGUUCCACCACACUUUCUCUGUACUGUACAAUAGAUGUAUCAUUAUUUUUUCAUACACUCGUGGCUGUCCAUGUCAGUUCCUUGAACGUUUCCCCAUGUCUCGCCAUCAGAGUCACUCGUCUUCGUUGGUCAUUGAACUGGUGGGUUGAUCCGACUGUUACCCACGGGACGAGAUUCUGUGCUGCUGAGUUCAUGAGGAAUUGUGUGAGUAUGGACGACAAGUUGCUUUUAGCUUGUGCUUGUUGUGGCUCGGUCCAUUGCACUGUGCAUAGUGCAACGGCUGAUGCUAAUGAGCGUGAUGCAUUGAGGGCAGCGGCUGUGAACCUGAAAUGCAAGGGACUACUCAACUGGUUGUCUGUCUGUUUCGGAAUGGUUUUUGAAUUUAUGCUAAUUGU